CAGCGGGUCCCGGUGCCCGCUCCGCCCGGGCAGUGCGGCCAUGCCGGUGGCGGGCGAGCGGAGCGCGGCGCGGCGGGAGGCCACGGAGCGACGGCUGGCGCGGUUCGCGGCGCUCCGAGGGAAGCCCGCCCGCCCCGGCCGGUUCUGGGACGUGGUGGCGCUGACGGCCGCGGACGCGGGGCAGGCGCUCGCCUACCGGGAGCAGCUGGACGCGAAGCUGCGCAGGAGGGAGCUGCCGCUCGGGCCGCGGUACCUCGUGUUCGCCGACCCGCCCGGACACAAGGCCGGAAAUGGUGGAUCAACUCUUCAUGUUCUUCAGUGCCUGGAAGACCUGUAUGGUGACAACUGGACAUCCUUUAUUGUACUGCUCAUUCAUUCUGGCGGUUACAGUCAGCGUUUGCCCAGUGCAAGUGCCCUGGGAAAGGCAUUCACAGCUCUGCCGCUGGGUGAUCCCAUGUACCAGAUGCUGGACCUGAAGCUGGCCAUGUACAUCGAUUUCCCCAGCCACAUGAAGCCGGGCGUUCUCGUUACGUGUGCGGAUGACAUCGAGCUGUACAGCACUGGAGUUACAGAGACGGUCACCUUUGAUAAGCCUGGAUUCACUGCCUUGGCUCACCCUUCGGAGCUGGCCGUGGGGACCACUCAUGGAGUGUUUGUUUUAGAUCCAGCCGGUUUCUCAGGAAAGGGAGGACUCGAAUACACAUCUUGCCAUCGCUUCCUGCACAAACCUGCUGUUGAGACCAUGCGGCAGUGCGGGGCCGUGUACAUGAGAGGGAAUGGUUCUUUGCCAACUGCCCCCGGAGACCGUGGGGACUCGGAAAUGGGCUCUGAGUGUGUGUACACAGACAGUAUAUUUUACAUGGACCAUAGCACUGCAAAGCAGCUGCUGGCAUUUUAUAAGCAGAUGGGCACUCUUUGCUGUGAAAUAGAUGCUUAUGGCGACUUCCUGCAGGCCCUGGGACCUGGAGCCACGCAAGACUACACAACAAACACAAGCAGCAUCAGCGUCACAAAAGAGGGAUCACAGUUGAUAGAGGUGCGGCAGAAGCUGUACUCUCUCCUCAAAGGAACUGCACUUAAUGUUGUAGUCUUGAACAACUCCAAGUUCUACCACAUUGGAACGACUGAGGAGUAUUUGUUCCAUUUUACGUCUGACAGCAAACUGAAGUCUGAGCUUGGCUUGCUGCCUGUGGCCUUCAGCAUCUUUCCUGACAGGGCAUUGGCUCAAACAGCGAGUGUCAUGCACAGCAUUCUGGAGCCAGGGUGUCUUGUAGGACCUGGAUCCAUCAUCGAGUACUCCAGGAUUGGGCCUGAGGUCUCUGUAGGGGAGGGCAGCAUUAUUAGUGGGUCGGAUAUAAGUGGGAAAGUAGAUGUUCCCUCGCACUGCUUUCUGAGCGCGCUGAGUGUAGAAGCUGACCGUGAGGUGCAGUAUGUGAGCAUGGUGUUCGGUGUGGAGGACGACUUGAAGAAGAGCGUGAAGGUGCUGUCCGACGUCGGUGCCCUGCGGUUUUGUGGCGUCAGCUUGCCGGAGUGCCUGGAGCUCUGGGGUGUGCAGGUGUCGGAGCAGCUCUUCUCCAGCGAGAGCACAGGCUUGAGCUUGUGGACCGCGAGGCUCUUCCCCGUCUGCUCCACGCCGGCGGAAUCAGUCCGCGUGUCGCUGCAGAUGGUGCAUUCCGUGCAGCACACGUCACGUCUCGCAUUGCACGGCCUCAGGCGCUUGUCUGUGCAGGAGAUGCUCAGGUGCAAAGAGGUCGGGGGCAUGAUGAAGUUCAGGAAGCAAAUUUAUGAUGAAAUCCAUCUACGAAGGCGAAAAGAGAAGUCUGAUCUGUAGAACGAGCAGUGCUUGAGCAAACGCCCGAUGUUGGUGUGAGGGUGGUUGGUACUGCCCAGCUUCUGAAAAUCGUCAGAGGAAAGCACACGGAUCUUGUCUGUGGUUUCGUCAGAGGAGGAAGUGUGAACCUGCAUUAGCAGCGUUGUAGCAUGGCACGAAUGGUGCAGCGAAUGCAGAUGAACUGUUCUUUUGAUGAGAAGAGCAUGGAACUGUUUCAGAUCUCUGCAGACUCUGAUGGGUGACUUUUCCUGGUCACUGUGUUCUGUGGCCUUUGCAGGAGAGGUGUGAU